CAACCUCAAUCUUCCAAACUUGUCUUCAUCUCCAACACACAAAAUCUCUUCACAAAAAUAGCAUUCUCAUUAACCACACACUUGUUUGUUCUCACCUUCUUUUUCUCAUCAAACCCUUUCUAAUCUUCUCUCUCUUCCACAAUCCUCACCAACCAGCACUUCUCAAAACAAAACAAAAAAAAUCACUUUUUAUCCUUUUUUUUUUCCUUUUUUUCUUUUAGGGGUAAUGGGAGACCCAACUGCAAAUUUUGAACCUUUUUGAGGUUUUGGUUUGUGGGUAUGAAGAAAAAAAAUGGAAUUUGAGAGAAAAAUGGCUGUGUUGGGUUUUGUCUGAGGAUUUUUUUUGUUGUUAACAUGAAAGGUUGUUGUUAUUUGGCUUUGAAUGUUUUUUCAUUGCAUUUAACAAUUGUUAUCGAAUGCCGGAACGAUUUCGAUAUUCGGCAUUCGAUUCAUUCUUGUUCUUCAUUCAGUUCCAACCUUACUCCAUUUCAAUCAGAAUCAGAACUCCAAGUCCAUCCAAUGAAUUUAAAUUUUUUCAAAUUUUUUCAAAUUUGAAAAAUUAUUAUUAUUGUGCUUUUUGUUGUGUUGGAUUUUAAUUCAGAAACCAGAAAUGAAUUCUGGUCCUGUUUUAGCGUUGCAUCCUAGUGACAAUAUUUUCAGAACAAGGGAGCCUCUUGAUUUUGAGGAGGACUUUGUAGAGAAAGAUCCAACCGGCCGGUACGUGAGGUACAAUGAAAUCUUGGGCAGGGGUGCCUUCAAGACUGUUUAUAGGGCAUUUGAUGAAGUUGAUGGAAUAGAAGUUGCUUGGAACCAAGUUAGGAUUGACGGUCUCUUACAUUCAACAGAUGAUCUUGCAAAAUUGUAUUCUGAAGUUCAUAUAUUGAAGUCCUUAAGACAUGAAAAUAUCAUUAAGUUCUACGAUUCCUGGGUCGAUGAUAAGCAGAAAACCGUUAACAUGAUCACCGAACUCUUCACAUCUGGAAACUUAAGACAGUACCGUAAGAAGCAUAAGUAUGUUGAAAUGAAAGCCAUAAAAGGUUGGGCCAGGCAGAUUCUUCAAGGCUUAGCAUAUCUUCACGGUCACAGGCCGCCUAUUAUUCAUAGAGACUUGAAAUGCGACAACAUCUUUGUGAACGGAAACCAAGGAGAAGUUAAGAUCGGUGAUCUCGGAUUGGCAAUCGUCAUGCAGCAGCCAACAGCUCGGAGUGUUAUUGGGACGCCCGAGUUUAUGGCUCCAGAAUUAUAUGAAGAGGAGUACAAUGAACUUGUUGACAUCUAUUCUUUUGGAAUGUCAAUGUUGGAGAUGGUUACUCUUGAGUAUCCCUACAAUGAAUGCAAUAACCCAGCUCAAAUAUAUAAGAAAGUUACCUCGGGUAUCAAACCUGGUUCCCUUAGUAAGGUGAGUGACCCUCAAAUUAAGGACUUUAUUGAGAAAUGCCUGGUUCCAGCAUCUGAGAGAUUGUCCGCAGAAGAGCUUCUUAAAGACCCAUUUCUACAAAUUGAGAGUCCAAAGGGUCCAUUCCUGACUCCUAUUAAAACUCCAACAGCUACCGAUAUGCCAAAGUCGGGUACUCCAUCUAUGGACAUCGAUGCUGAGUACAAACAGUUUUAUGGGAGUAUGAGUACCUAUGCUGAAAGCAACCAGGGAAGUCCACAUUAUCCUGUUUUUGAAGUCCAAAAGACUAAUAAGAACAAUGAGUUUAGGUUAAAAGGGACUAAAAAUGAUGAUAACUCGGUAUCAUUGACCCUGCGUAUUGCUGAUACAAGUGGUCGAGUACGGAAUAUACAUUUUCUCUUUUACCUUGAUGCAGAUACUGCAGUUUCCGUGGCCUCGGAGAUGGUUGAACAUUUGGAGCUGGCAGAUCAUGAUGUGGCUUUCAUAGCUGAGCUUAUUGAUUACUUGAUAUUGAAACUUCUUCCUUGGUGGAAACCUUCACCUGAUCAUAAUUCAACUGGAGAAGUAAGUCUUUGUAGUGGUACUACAAAUGUAGAUUGCCAAACCUUAAUGUCAAGCCCUUGGAGUUCUAUCUUAACUAAUGUUCCCUCCGAAAAAGUUAGUGGUCAAGAUGUCUUUUCCGAGUUCGAUACAAUUUCUAGGGAAGGUUUUGAGACAGCUGGAAAGAGCUGUUUAAACACUGAUAACGCUACUUCUGAGGGUGCCUAUGAUGCUUCUCAUUGUUUGGUUAACUCCGAAGAUCAACAUUCACAAGGAUCGGGAGCUUCUGAAAUAGUUGUUGAUGAUGCUUCUGUGAAAACCGACAAUUCUCAUGUUUCCAAAGUUAUGGGUGUUGGAUUUUUUAAAUGCCUAAUAAGGUCGAUACCCGAGGUUGAAGUUGGGAACAGGUAUUUCGAAGAUUGCAAAUUGCAGGCCGCAGAUUACAAUGUUGGGGAAGGCAAUGUGAUCUCAGAAUCAUCAAACGUUCUGAGCUUGAUAAGUAGUUGUUGUUCUUCUGUGUCUUCAACCGAAAAGGAUAAUGAUCAUGAGCUAAAGCUUGAACUUGAUGAAAUUGAGUCACAAUAUCAGCAUUGGAUUGAGGAGCUCACUAGAAUGAAGUUGGAGGCAUUGGAAGCCACCCGAAGCAAAUGGAUGUCCAAGAAGAAAAUAGCUGUUCAUUGAUUUUAAGCUUGUUGAUUAACCAACUAUGUAGCACCGACAAUUCAGAUUGAAGGUGUUUUGGUGUCCAUCAUGUGUCGUCGUGUCAGUGUCGUGUUUGUGUCCGUGUCAGUGCUUCAUAGUUAACUAACCUCAUUUUACCCUUGUCGAAGUUAUUUCAUUGUAAAGUUUAAUUUGUAUAUUGGAUGUGGCUCUUUUUUUGCAGAAGCCGGCGUCAUUACUCUCAAAUCUCAGCAUAUAUUUUUUAUGCUUUGGAUAUAUGUUAUGGAUCUCUCAUUAUAUUAUGCACAAUAA